AUGAGCGCCACUACUUCUGACCAUCAACACCAUAAAGAUGGCAUUGAGAGUAUACAUACACUACCGCCCUGCCAAGACGAUGAAAAGCAACAACCCGACAUAGAUACAGAAGUCGAUAAACCUUACUCGAGCUUCACAAUAUGGCAGAAGCGUCUCAUUGUUUUGGCCGCUGCCACGACAGCUUUGUUGUCACCUAUGACGGCCCAGAUUUACUUCCCUGCUCUACCAGCCAUAGCUAAAGAUCUGGGCGUCACUACCUCGCAGAUCAAUCUCACUGUCACGACAUAUAUGAUAUUUCAAGGUAUUACGCCCAUGUUUAUUGGAUCGCUUGCGGAUAGUGGUGGGAGAAGACCUGCGUAUGUCGUGUGCUUCACAAUCUACAUCGCUGCCAAUAUUGGUCUUGCUCUUGCACCCAGUUAUGGCGCUUUACUUGGUCUUCGAUGUUUACAAUCUGCUGGUUCUGCAAGUACUGUUGCGCUCUGCUUUGCCGUGGUGGCUGAUGUUGUCACUUCUGCUGAGAGAGGACAGUAUAUUGGCAUAACAGCUGUUCCCAGUGUUCUUGGUCCUUCAUUGGGGCCAGUCAUUGGUGGUUUACUUGCUCAAUAUCUGGGCUGGCGAUCUAUCUUCUGGUUCCUCGCCAUAUUCUCUGGCGUCGGUCUCGUUCUCAUUGUUAUCUUUUACCCAGAGACUUGUCGUCAUGUCGUCCGUGAUGGUUCCAUCAAUCCACCCUUGAUAUACCGUUCCGUCCUGCAAAUUCUUAAACUGCGACGCAGUCGGUCUGAGUCGGACAAAGCUGGUCUUAGUCGACAAGUUUCCACGGCAUCGACGUCCAAAAAGUUCAAGUUCAAGCCACCCAAUGUUCUUGAAUCACUUCUCAUGCUCUUUGAGAAAGAGACAGGACUUCUUCUCGGAUUCAGCAGCAUAUGCUUUGCGGGUUUCUACUGUGUAGCUGCCGCCAUGCCUUCUCUCUUUGAAGACUUAUACGGCUUUAACGAAGUCCAAAAUGGAUUGAUGUUUCUUCCCAUUGCAGCUGGAUCAAUCAUCGCAGCGUUCAUCGUGGGGACUUUCACGAACCGAAACUACAAGCGUCACUGCGAUAAACUUGGUAUCCCGUACGAGCGAAGCAAGCAGCAAGAUCUUUCUUCUUUCCCUAUUGAGCGCGCCCGUCUCGAAAUUGGCUUUCCUCUUCUCAUACUCGCAGCGGUCAUGGUGAUAGCCUGGGGCUGGGCCGUCGACGCAAAGACGAACGUCGCUGUGCCAUGUGUGAUCAGCGGACUGAUGGGCGUGGGCAUUGUUGGAUUUAACAACACCGUUAAUUCUCUGUUGAUCGAUAUUCAUCCAAGUAAAGCAGGGACUGCAAGUGCGGCGAAUAACUUGACGCGAUGUCUCGUUGGAGCUGGAGCUAGUGCGGCGAUUAUGCCCAUGACUGACGCUAUGGGUGUGGGAUGGGCUUUUACACUUGUCGGAGGACUAUACAUUCUUGGAUGCCCCAUAUUGAUCGUUUUGAUGAUCUGGGGAAAGAAAUGGAGAGAGGAGUUGAGAGUUGAGAGGGAGAAGAAGGACAAGGCGAAGCAAGAGCUUUGA